AAAAACAAAAAGAAGAAGCAGAAGAAGAGCCCAAAUUAGUUGCGACUUGGCAAAAGGGGACGGAGAGAAGAGUGGAAGAAUUGGUGUUAAACUGUUAGUUGACAUGUCACCAACAUGUCCGCAGCCAUAUAUGCUUGCCUUUUCUUCUGGGGCCUUCAAAUUAGCGAGGGAAUUGAUGUCAUUGCUGUGACAACUUCAAUCACAGUCAGACCAGAGCUGCCUCCACCACAGAAUGUGAUUGUGAUCUCUUUGAACACCAAUUACACUCUAAGCUGGGAAUGGAAUCAGAGUCAUUCAGAGAGAGAUGAUGUCACCUUUACCACACAAUAUGUGGGGUUUCAUCAGUUGAAGUCCAAGAUGAAGACUCCAAAUUGGUUUACAGUAUGUAAGGAGACAUCACGCAGGUCAUGUGAUCUUACAGCACUGCACUACCUGAGCAAGUAUGUGCUUCGUGUACGGGCCAACACAAAUGGGCAUCACUCUGAAUGGGUCAUGAAGGAGUUCUGCCCUGAAAAAGAUGCUGCUCUGGGCCCUCCAGCCAAAGUGGUCCUUGAACCUGCUGGAAGUGAUCUUGAAGUCAUCAUCUCUGAACCAAUGACGAGCGACAACAUCUCCAUGAGGAAAUAUCUUGAAAAGAUGUAUUACCUCAUCCUCUACUGGGAACAUUCUGCAGACUCAAAGGUUGUACAGAUCCAUACGUUAAGCAGCAUGGCCACUAUGGUGAUUCUGCCAAACCUAACGGCUUGGACGUGGUACUGUGUGAGUGUCCAGUCACGCAGCGAUGGCCACACAGAGAUGUUCGGGACAAAGAACAGCAGCUUCACCACACCCCUCUGUAUGCAGACAGAAGGAAAUAUUCCAUGGUGGCAGAUUGUGCUCUACUUCAUGGCCUCAGUGGUUAUCUUCUUCCUGGUCGUGCUGCUGUCACUCUUCUGCUUCUUUAAGUGCUACAAAACCCUCAAGAAAACGUUAUUCCCCUCCAACCAGCUGCCCCUACAUCUUAAGGAGUAUCUCUGUGGCUCUCCUGCCUCUGAUUUCCCUCGCCUCCUCACUCCGGUCUCAGAAUCAGAGCUGCUGUGUGAUAAGGUGACCAUCUGUGAGGCAGCAGUCCUUGUAAUCCAAAACCAGCCAUUUGAAGUCAUGGCAGCUCCCCCGGAAGGCCUGUUAGAUAGCAGACAUAUUCGACAGGACAGCAGCAGCAGUGGAGACUCGGGUGUUUACUCUGCAGGAGGAAGCUCGGGCCUGCAACAGCACAACAGCAGCAGUCUGCCCUGCACAGGGCGUCAGGACCUGUGGCAGAGCGCGACCACUGACCUGGAGCAGGUAAAGAUGGAUAAAAUGACUCCAGUACUAAAGAGUCGGCCUCUGAUCACAGAAGAAUGCAUUGUUGACAUGCGUGUCUGAGCAUGUGUAUGGGAAAAGGCAUUUGUUGAGAAGAGAGCAUGCCUGAAUGGCUGAGGAUAGACUGAGGAGGUUUAUGUGUGGUGCCUUUUCUCCAUCUGUCACCAUUGAACAAUGAGAAGAAGGAGAAACUGAAGGGAAAACGAGCACUUACAAAGAAGAUUCUUGUCAUACAAAGCCCAUCAGUGUGGCUUUAAUGUGUAUUUCUAUAAAAUGGAUCAUUAUUCUUAUGUUUAUGUACAGUUUGGCACUAUCCACAAAUACCUUUACUGCUGAUUUAAAUAUGGUAUUUGACCAGCAGUUCCCCAUCUGUCACUCUAAUUUGAAUUAGAAUUAGUUAUUUUUGUGCAUUCACCAGUUAAUGAUAGUAAAGUUGACCACUGCAUGUAAUCCAUCCUUUUUAUACACCAGUAGUAAACACACACAAAGUCUGCAUUAAGAACCAUACUGAUCUGUUUAAAAUAAUGUUUGUGUUUUAUAUAGAUAUUUUAUUGUUACAUUGUUUUAAUUGGAUAAUGGGGUAAUAUCAAAAAUUCAGUCUUAGCUGACCCAGGGUUUAAACUGUGCUGUUAAUAAAAGAUCCCUUAAAUGUUCUGAUGCACUACAUAAGUGUUGGAACUUGGGAACAAUUAAUAUCUUUAUGUUAUUGUCCUUGCUGUAGAAUACAUGAUAUUUUCAAUAACCCAUCACAUUUUUAGUCUGUAACCCUUUGCCUUUUGAACUAAAGCGUGACUUAAAAAUCAUAUCUGCAAUAUCUGGCAGAAAAAUUGCAUUUAGUUAUUUUUCCCAAAUUAUUCUGCCCUAUUAAAUGGCAAUGUUUAAAACAAAGCUACAAACAAUAGAUGCAGAAAUAAAAUAAUAAAAAUAAUUGGUCUAGAACUGAGGAGAUUCAUUAUUCCUUGGGCCCCCUGAGUAAAUUGUAUCUUUUCUGAUGAUGACCUUCAUCGUGUCACUCAACCAUAAAGUUGAGUGGCACAAUGUUCUGUGCAUAUUUAGUCAUUUCCAUGUAACAAUAUUUGUCUGUUUUAAAAGUCCUUAUUUUAAUGGUCAUAAUUGAAACACCCAGAUACCCAAAGUUCUUGCAUUAUUUGACAUGAAUAAGAAGUGGCUCUCAGAACAUUAUCACACAGAUGAUUUUAGCUUGUCUUGCUUUGGAAAAAGGAAGUUUGGUAAAGAACUGUGCUCGGUGCAAAAGAGGAACUGUGGUUUACUGUGUGUGUAGCACACCUGUACACACACUGCAUACAUUCUUCACAGCUGCUUACAAUCAUUACUAGGGCUGCAAUGAUUAAUUGUCAAUCGUCAAUUUAUUGUCAAUUGUCAGAGUGUUCUUUUUUUAUAAUUAACACAAGCUCUCUGAUUUUUCAGCUUCUUGCAUAUCCAACUCCAAUCCCAAUCCAACUUUAUUUAUAAAGCUCUUUAAAAACAACAGCUUAAACAAAGUGCUUUGCAUCAGCGAUAAAUAAAACAAAAUACUUAAAAACAACACAAACAAGUAUUGUAAUGCAAUAAAACUAUAAGUGUGUAUUUUGGACUUUCUGGGUACCUCACAGGACUCCUGGAAUUAAGCUAAGUAUCACUUCAGUAGGUCUUUCUUAUUUGGUUGCUUUUUCAUUGCUGUUGUAUCUAUCUGGGUUGUUUGACUUCUGACUUGUUUAGUUAAGGUGAAAGUUUGUUGUUUGCUGAAGUCAAAGAGAAUGUUGUUAUUGUUGCGGUUUUGACCGAGUUUCUACUGAGCCACCACCAUCACCAGGUGUGAAGUUUCAUUGGCUACAGGGGAGUGGCCAACAAAGCUGAGUAAGAUUCAAACCAGAUCCAAACCAGCAUUUAUCAGUGUGCAUUUUGGACUUUCUGAGUAUCUCACAGGACUACUGGAAUCUCGGUGCAGCAGAACAACAGAAAAAGCUCUGUCCCCGCUGAGCUUCUGUUUAGAUUUUGGUAACUGUAGGAGCAGCUGAUCAGCUGACCUCAGAGACUGGGCAGGAGUGUAGGGAUUAAGCAGCUCAGAGAAGUAAGGCAGGGCAAGGCCAUUUAAGGAUUUAAAAACAAAUAAAAUCAUUUUAAAAUUAACUCUAAAAUGCACGGGCAGCCAGUGGAGUAAGUUGCGCAGCAACAUUUCUGUAAUCCAGGUGGGACGUAAUUAAGGCAUGGAUUACUUUCUCAAAGUGCUUUGUUGAAAGGAAAGGUUUUACCUUUUGUUAACUUUCUUAAAUGAAAAAAGCUGGACUUCACUAUUGCACCAAUUUGACGGUCCAAUUUAAAACCACUGUCGAUUUUAUAACACUGACGUGAAUAUUUCUUGUUUCUCUGCUCCAUAUAAGAAAUAAAUCAUUAAAACUUUUGAGAACAUCAUCAUUUGGAGGUUUGGGAAACAACUAAUCAACAUUUUUUUCAACAUUUUAUGCACCAGAAUAUUAAUGAAAGAUUAUAUUAAUUAAAUGUCAAACAUUUUUUUUAUUGAUUCUCAACAGGACGAAAUAUUACAGAUAUAUCUAAUGCACAAAGAAAAGAAAAUAGUAAUUGUAAUUCCAUCCAUUCUUGCAAUGGUUUAGUCAACCAGAUUAAUGUUUCAAUCUGACAUUAUACAAAGAAGUUCCAUUUGCAUUAAACUGAAUACACAAACAUGGUUGAUAAAUAUGGCCGGACAGUGAUACACUUACAAGAUGCAGGAAUGAUGAUCCACAUGUUUUAUUUUUAUAGCGCUAUGUUACCGGGAGCAACUUAAAAUGUUCACAGGCAAAUUCUGCAAAGACCUGUUGUGCUUUCGACUCAUCCAGAGUUCAGCCAGUAGAAGACUGGAAUAGCCUUGUUUUCCAUAUCCUGACUCUACUUUUGCUGAUACGCUGUGGACAGUUGUGUAGCCGUUCUUGUUUAUGUCUGCAUGUCAACAGUGUUUUUACAUCUGAACUUUUCUGUGACAGCUCAUGUGGUUCCAGGUUCUGAUAUUUUCUUCAAAUAAUAUCUCUUAAAUGAAAUGCCACUUCACGUAGAAGUGUUGAACUCUUGCAGUUUGCUGGUGUUUCACUAUCUCCUUCCCCCGCUAAGGAUCCAAGCUAAUAAUUGCAUUAAUGUCAGCUAUCAACGAUAAUGAAAAUCUGCAUUCAACUGUUCCGUAGAAGAACCAUAAUUAAAAGGAUUGACUGCAAACCCUGCCUGGGUUCAUGCUGCUGUAAAUAUUGUCAUAUAAAUACAUCGUUGCUCAUUGUCAUUGAAGAGUAAAACAUUCUCACUUAGUGAUACUGAAAGUGUGUAGUUUGUUUGAUAGUUGGCCAAAUUGUUGUGUUGAAUAAACUGAAAGAGAAAUCUAAAUGUAAUCAUGGUAGUGUCACUGAAAUAUCUCUGUUAAUAUUCGUGUAUUAGUGCAUUAAACAGCCACUUGUGUAGUUUCCUCCAAAAUAAUGCAAAAGAUUUUGCAUCUUAUGUCUGACUUCCUAGUCUGUAACAACUGUUCUAUAAAAAAACCAAUGGAAAAAAGGGAGAACGUUUGAAUUACGUUAAACUUUCAUUCUAAAAUAAUUCCAGAUGAAAGAAUCACUCUUGUGUAAAAAUAAAUUCUCUGCAUUUAAAACCCAUGACUAGUUUUAACCUUUAACCAUGACUUAAAAUAUCCUUCUUCCAUUUAUGAUUCUCAUAGAAUCAUGGGGCUGCUUUACUUUUGCUUCAGUUAUUUUGUUUGUAUCAACGUUUGCUCAUAUUUAUGAUUGCACUCUCCAGCUCUGCUUAUUUUCUGUGAAAGAUCUUGUUACAGUGAGUUCUGCCUGUGUUCAUAAUUCACUUGUUCCAUAAUUUCAUUAAGAAAGAAACAGAUCAAAUAAAAUAAAAUUGUGAAACCCGUCAUUGUAUAUUUGUUGCAAUAUUAGUUGAAACUUGUAUAUAAGCCUGUGUGCCAUGUUAAGGGACAAUCAUAAAAAAAUAAAAACUGUAAAACACCAAA